AUGUUAACAGAUACUAAGAAGAAAAUACGAGAAGCCAUGGAUAUUAAAGAAUUAAACAGGAAGAUGAUCACGGCGGUCAUGGACGAGGAUGUCAUAGGAAUAAUCAAUAUCGUGCAGGACUACGGCCUAGGAUAUGUGCCAGAAUGGAACCAGGGAUACACACUUCUGGGGAAAGCUUUAACAAGAGGAAGACGGGUAUCAGUGAGAGAAUUAAUCAGAUUAGGAGCCAAAAUAGAUGAAGCAGAUCAAAAAAAUUCAACAGUGCCCUUGUGUAGAGCCCUAGGCCGAGAAAUGAUGGAGGAAGCCUGGCUUCUUAUACAUCGAGGAGCACGACUGGAUGCCGACAAUGAUGACAGUGGUAACCGACCAAUACACGAAUUAAUAAUAGACAGAGAUUUUGGAUCAAGACGCGUAAGAGUCACGAGCAGAAGAAUGUUAUACCACAUGAUCCGACAAGGGGUGGAUUUAUCAGCAAAAAAUAGAGAAGGUCAAGCAGCAAUCCAUCUAGCCGCAAAGCAAGGUAUAUGGGACUUAUUCAACGUCCUGCUGGAGGAAGGCUCAACAAUCAACCUAGAAGACGACAAUGGAAGAACAGCAUUAUUCUACGCAGUAGAAGGAAGACAAAAGGGAAAAGUGGAUAAACUACUUCGGAUGGGCGCUGGAGUUAAUCACACUGAUAACCAAGGAAUGACGCCAUUGAUGAUGGUCCUUAACAAACGAGUAGACUACGUCCACGCAAUGAGAAAUGACUGGAGCAGUGAAUACACAACUCUCGUCAAUAUUGUAAAAAUUUUGCUAACCUUUGGAGCAAAAAUGAACCAACGCACUACAGAAGAGGGCAUUACGGCAUUACACAUGGCCGCACAUAGAGGAUACGAGGAAAUAACUAGAAUGUUGCUAAUCAACGGAGCAGAUAUCAACGCAAAGACAAAAAGAGGGAGGUACGUUCCGCAAUUCAGCAAGUAUCACAGAGAAGUAGCUGACAUGCCAAGGGAUUACGACCCUGGUAUUCCAAAAAACACAUGGAACCACGCAACUCGCGGCCAAGUACAAGUAUGUGACCUAAUCAAAUGUUGGCUUUUGAAGUUACGAGCAGGAGGUAAAGAGAUAGCGGAGGAAUUGAAAUCAGAAAUAGCAUGCGUCGAGGAAAAAUACGAAGAAUACGAAACCAUAGUACUGAAUGAAAUAGAGAUUAUGAAGAGCGUAUCUACAACAAGACAGUCGAUAACCCUGUUCGACGUCUGGAGGGCUUCAGAGAAGCAGAUGAGUAUCUAUUGUAGAUGCGCGGAGUUCGGGAGCAUUCUAGAGGAAAAACUGAGACACACCGACUACUUCAAAGAAGAGCUGAGAGAGAAAGUGAAACGGGCAUUACGAAGGAAGAAGAUGACCGACACCGUGAAAGAAGAAUUAGAGAAAGUCAAGUUUCUACGUCAUCUGCAAGGACAUGAACUAGACAGAGUCAUGAGCUAUUUGGAAAUAGAGGACUUGGUAAAAAUUAUGGACCCGAAAAACAUCUCAACUACGGAAGAAGAAUAA